AUGAAUAAUUCUCGUCUAAAAGAUAACUAUACUGCCGAAUUCAGUCGAUGUUCUUCUCCAUUAAUUAUUCAUCAAAAUUUGCAUACACUCACUAUUAUUGAAUGUUCACUAGAAUUGCUUGAUAAGCUUCUCAACGAAGAUCAUUUACCACAAUUGCAUCGAUUACGUGCUGCUCUAUCCUGUACAUAUAAUGAUUCACUGGUCAAAUCAUAUUGUUCAACGCCAUUGAAACAAUCCUCAGUACUUAAAUUACGAUAUGUUAGUAUUAUAAGGUUUAUUGAUGUCGCUUGGCUCUUAUCUUAUUUUGAAGAUCUUCAGCGUCAUAGUCAACUGGAAUGGUUCAAUAUAUCUGGAUAUGUAAGACUGACUAAAAAUAGUCAUUUUCCUCAUGUAACCGAAUUACGACAGUGGUUACUAUUGAAUAAAUCAAAAGAAUUUAAAUUUCAAAUGAAGUUGUCAACCAAUUCCAUAUAUACUGAUAAAACAAUUCAAAAGAGUGUGCUUUCUGAAUAUGGACAAGCAAUUGGUGAUGAUUCCUUAGUAAAACAUGGCAAGAUAAACAUUAAUUAUCGGCCAGUGUCAUUCUCUGAUUCAAAUAAUGAAGAAGACAACAACAUUCUUCGUAGCAACAUGAUCGUUAAAGGGCAGCAAUCAAUCAACGAAAAUAUGAAAGAAAUGCUCAUCGUUUUAGAUAAUGUAAAAGGCAAUCUACCUAAACGUAGUCAAGCAAUACACCAGUGGCCUUAUCUACGUAAAAUAUCCAUUAAAGAUGAUAACAACAAUGAGAAUAGUGGCAUAACCGGUAAAGGUGUUCUACAUCUACUUCAUAUUGCUCAACGUUCACCACAGCUUCGUGAACUUUAUAUAAUUGGAAACUCUCAUUUUGGUCGCAUUCUUUCAUUGAAUGUUGAACUUGGAAUUUUACUCACUUCUCAAUUGGAAGUACUCUAUUUUACUGAAAAAAAUUUUAACUGUUCACUUGCUGAUCUUGUUCAAAUAAUUAAUUCUCUCUUUAGUCAUUCAUCGUCAUCACCCAUGUUGAAACAAUUAAGAUUAGAUUUUGGUGAACAUCCAAGCUCAUGGUUUCCUAUUGAUCAUUUCGUCGAAGAAAUUGAAAAGAUCUUGAAUCGUUUUCCAGCGCUUAUUCAUUUAACAUUACAUUGUACUCAUGGUGAACUAUUUUUCAAUAAACUGUAUAAUUUAUCGGAAUUAGCUCAAGAAUCGUAUAUCAGAUUGUUACUUUCCCGAUCGAAUAUGAAUGGUCGUUUAAGCUAUAGAAAUAAAUCAAACUCGUUUGAUAUUUGGUUGUAA